AUGGCACGAAAAGAUGAUGAACAUGUGCCCUUGAUUGUUCCAUCACUACAUAACGACAAUAAUUCACAACUGCAACAAGGUCUUCAUGUUGAGGUUCAGGAUCCUGGUUAUCAGAAUUCUGUUCAAGGAAAUGUCAAUAAUUGUGAGAUGCAAAUUCACACAACUUCAACAUUCCGAAGGAAUUUAGGUGCUGUGAGGAAUUUCCUUCACACCAACAAGUAUGUUGUGUUUGGGGCCUUGUGUUUGGUGGUUUUGGUGAUGGCCUUCUCUAGAUCUAUUAAUUUUGUUCUGAUUGUUAGAUUGUCAACACAAAUGAAACAUUAUGGAUAUUUCCUGUCAUCGAUUUUAAUUCCAACCAUGUCAAAUAUUGUUUAUUGGCCAAUUGCUUGGUUUAAAAUGUUUGGAACUAGGAGUGUUACAAAGGAAAUGAGAAAAUUUCCUGUUUAUAGAUUUGUAAUUAUGGGAUUUUUAACGAAUUUAGCAAACUUGAUAUUGGUCAUUGCCUCAUCAAAUGUUUCAGGUAGUGUAAACGUGGCAAUGAAUCAAACCAUUAUCAUCAAUAAUAUGCUCGUUUCCAUGAUAUUCUUAUCGGUGAGAUAUAAUAUUCUACAAUUUGGAGGAACUUUUAUUGUAAUCAUUGGAGUAAUUUUAAAUGUUUUGCCUUUAUUUCUUUCAGGAAGGUCUGGAACUAGCUCAACAGAAUGGAUUUGGGCUCUCGUUCUAUUAAUUUCCACAUUUUUCCAAGCCAUUGCCAAUGUUUACAUUGAACAUUAUCUAAAAAAGGAGAAAUUAGAUGUUUUCUAUAUGGUCGCAUGGAUUGAAUUAUUUCAAUUAUUAUUUGGAAUUUUAUUUUUCAUUCCAUUUUUAUUAAUUCCUUGGAAUCCAAAUAGUAUUGUGAAAUCUGCUUCUGACCUACCUAAUUACAUGUUAUAUUCAUUGAAAUGUGUUGUUGGAAUGAAUUCUUUGAAGGGUGACAUUUGUGAUGGAGUUUAUUGGGUUGCAAUUUUAUUUGAAGUUUUCAAUGUUUUAUUUAAUGUUACUCAAUUGGUUGUUUUCAAGCAUGGAUCUUCAACUUUGGCCAUGAUUGCUCUAACUUCUCGUUUGGUAAUGUCCAAUCUCUUCUUUAUGAUUCCAUUUAUUGCUGGACCUGCUUUCCAACAAAAAUUAUCGAACCUUGAUAUUGAGAGCUUAUUUAUUCUUGUAGCUGGCAUUGUAUUGUACAGUAUUACUAAGGAGAGAACCCUUGAUAAGAAUCCCCUCAACGAAAAACUUUUAACAUUCUUGAAUUGGCUAAAGGACAAAAUUAGAAAGGCGGCAAGGUGA